AUGGACGUUGUGUAUCGGAAACCGCAUUUUGAAGGCAAGGUCUCUGCUGCGGCGGGGGGCAGGAAGGGAGACGAUUUACAGAUUAGUAGUGACUCGGAGUGGGUCUUGUUUGGAUCAAAGUAUCCAAAUGAAGGCACGAGAACACGCACACGUGUGUCGGCGAGUGCUGAUGUGGGUGCCGAAGCCGAUGUCUAUGUGGCGACGACGCUGAGACAGAGCUCUGAUCAUGAGGAGAGCAUAUUGAGUUCAAGGAGUGUUGGCAGCGGCAGUGUAAAUGCCAGGGAAUUGGACGGCGGAUAUGUCAUUAGCGAUUUCGAUGAACAUCUUAGCACCGAGAGCGAUUGGCGGUAUAAGUACGACGGAGAAGAUGGUUCUUACGAUUACGAUUACGAUGGCGACGAUGCUCAUGAUGAAGAUAACGACUCUCUCCUAGACGAUGUACGUACACAAAUGGACGAAAUUGUACAAGAUAGUGAGGAGGCUCACCGAAGGAGAAAACGACACCAACUAAUUUCGCGGGUGAAUGAAUGGCAAGACACUGUGGCCCUUCCAAGGGCGGCGUCGGCGGCGGUAGCACGUGUCCGCGGGCGGCGCGGCGCACUUCCAAUGGGGUCUCCUGAACAUUUGUGGGCAGCUCGGGAAACGGUAGCACCGGUGCCUGCGGCGGUUGUGCGGCAGGCGGCCCGCGGACUCACACGGGCGCUUUGCAGAACCGAAGGCCCUGUCCCAGCGGAGGGCGUUUUUCUGAGCAACCCGGACUUGGAACGCUUUCUCCCCGCAAGCUGGAAAAAAGUUAUCCUGAAUAGCCUUAUAGUAGGGCACCAUAUGCGGCACGACCACUGCAAUUUUUGGUUCAGUGAGGGACGUAGCACCAGUAUUAGCACAGGAAUAAGCACAGGUUAG